CACCCACCCAACUCUCUCUCUCCUCGUGCAUGCACUUCUGAUGCACCACUACCAUACACAAGCACCUAGUGCCCUGCCCUGCUUUUUCCCGCACGUCUUUCUUACAUUCCUAUUUUUCAUUCUCUUCACUUUGCAUGUAUUCCUUCUUCAUUCAUUUAUUCCACCAAUCCUCUGUCACGGCGGAGAACUCUUCCCUUCGGCGGCCUCUUCUUCCACCUGUCACCACCACCGACAACUACUCUGCACAUCACCAUUUGCUUCCAUGUACAGUGUUUUCUAGAUUUUACCGCUCUAUCCGUAUCCUUUGUGGUAUCUUCUAUGAAACAGGUAUCUUGGAUACUACUUUUGCUCAGUGGAGUAGUUGGUUUGAUGUUUUAUGUUUUAAAUCAUGAAACCUUGUGGAUUAUAUUAGGGAUUUAUGACAUUGGGCAAAGUCAACAGAUCUGCAGAAAAUACAGAUGCUGCUUAAGGAUUAAUGUGAAGUGGGAGAGGAAUGGGUUCGAGGGAGUGCAUGAAUGAGCUCUGCCGGGCUAAUUUGACAGUUCAGUGUAAGAAAGGCUGGCCGCUGCGCUCCGGUGAACUUUCCUCGCUCUGUAGUACAUGCGGGACUGCUUAUGAACAACUAGUCUUCUGUGACAUGUUCCACUUGAAUGCCACGGGUUGGAGGGAGUGCAGUUCUUGUGGCAAGCGUCUUCACUGUGGAUGUAUUGCUUCCAGCUCUUGGAUUGAACUGCUAGAGAGUGGCGGUGUAUGCUGCAUCAACUGUGUGAAAAGUUCACAGAUUGAAAUGAUGCCAAUUCAAGAAAAAGAUAAAGGAUGUGGUACUGCAAAUAGUGGAGGUGAAGAGCAGUCAAUGUCAGGGGGAUGUGACACCCAGAGACCAAUAAAUAUGGUGUUUGAUGAUGAUCCUGGAAAUAUUGCUCAUAAACCUUCUUUGUCAUCCCAAAAUGAUACCAGACGCAAGCCACUCUCCCAACUAAAAUUGGAAGACAUUUUUCAUUCCACAGGAGAAUCUGGAAGCAUGCUUCCAACAAGCUGGAACCAAGAAUUAUUAGAUUUGCCUCAACACCCCAUAUAUCGGUAUUAUAACGGAGUGCCUGGAUCACCAGUUCAAACAAACUUAAGUAUAUCACUGUGUGCCCGUUUAGGCAAUGCAAGUGCCAUUGGUACUGGUGGGACAUCACUCAAUGAAAGGAAAUUGGGAAAGUUGAUAUCUUCCAAUGUACAAGGGUCUGGCCAUCUUUUACCCAAUCCACCAAAAUAUAUCAAUGCUUCUGGAUGGGAGACAACUAGCGGCAUGGUCCCACAAAUACCUGUUGCCAGGCCUCCUGUUGAAGGAAGGAUAAAGAAUCAGAUGCUUCCACGUUACUGGCCCAGGAUAACUGACCAGGAAUUGCAGCAAAUUUCUGGAGACUCAAAUUCCACCAUUAUACCAUUGUUUGAGAAGGUCUUGAGUGCUAGUGAUGCAGGUCGAAUUGGGCAUUUGGUACUUCCAAAGGCGUGUGCUGAAGCAUAUCUUCCGCCGAUUUCACAACCAGAAGGACUCCCUCUAAAGAUUCAGGAUAUAAAUGGAAAGGAGUGGGUGUUCCAGUUCCGGUUUUGGCCAAACAAUAAUAGCAGGAUGUAUGUUUUGGAGGGUGUAACCCCCUGCAUACAAUCCAUGCAAUUACAAGCUGGAGAUACUGUAAUUUUCAGUCGUAUGGAUCCCGAAGGAAAGCUUUUGAUGGGGUUCAGAAAAGCAUCAAGUGCCAUCCCAGCUCAGGAUGCCAACUUAGGCGUCAUGCCUUGUGGGAUCUCUUCAAGUGAAACUGUCUUCUCAGCUGUCACGGAGAAUGUACCCUCAAUGAGUGGCUAUUCUGGCUUGCUACAAUCUUCCAGUGGAAGCAGAGAUGUUUUUUCGAAUGCAUCUAAUAAACAUAUGUAUGGUGGUGAUAUGAACUGGGACUUCACUGAGAAGGUUGGGAAAAACAAUGGGGACAGUCCACAUUCCUUAUCUCUUAUCACUCCGGGACGCAAAAGAAGCCGAAAUGUAGGUUCAAAAAGUAAGAGGCUGCUUAUUAAUAGGCAAGAUGCUUUUGAGUUGAAGCUUUCAUGGGAAGAGAUACAAGAUAUGCUCCGUCCACCACUUAGUGCCAGACUCACUACUGUUAACAUCGAGGACCACGAAUUUGAAGAAUAUGAAGAACCGCCUGUUUUUGCAAAGAGAAGCAUUUUUACAGUUCGCCUAUCUGGGGAGCAGGAACAAUGGGUUCAAUGUGAUAACUGCUUGAAAUGGAGAAGGCUGCCAGCUGAUUAUCUUCUACCACCUCAGUGGACAUGUCAGGAAAACAUUUGGGAUCUUUGCAGGUGUUCAUGUUCUGCAUCGGAUGAGUUAGCACCCCAGGAGCUUGAGUUCCUUCUUAAAUCGGACAUAGAGAGGAACAAACAAAGAACUGAAAUGAACCACAAGACAGUAAACGCAAGAGGUCCUUCCGAUAGUAGAGUUGAUGAGCAGGAGCUAGUGUCCACCUCAGUAGCAACAACUACAAGACACCCUAGACAUCGCCCUGGCUGCUCUUGCAUUGUCUGCAUCCAGCCUCCCAGUGGAAAGGGAAAGCACCAGCCUUCCUGUAUGUGCAACGUUUGCCUGACUGUUAAGCGCCGUUUCAAGACACUAAUGAUGCGCAAAAAGAAACGCCAAUCAGAACGGGAAGCUGAACUUGCUCAUAUGAAUAAUUUUUUAUGGGAUCCAGCCAAGCAGGAGGAGGUGGCAGAGGUGGAGGAUGGUAUUUUUCUUGGAC